AUGAGUCCGAAGAAGUGUGAAAUUCCAGGCUCCACUCGAGAAAAGAUAAUAUGUCUCCGUGAAUUAGGAAAAAGUUAUCGGGAUAUUGGAAAAAAGUUAAAAUUGAGCUUUUCAACAGUUCGUUCCAUUAUUAAAAAAGUGGAAGAAACAGGAUCCACGAAAAAUAAACCCCGAUCUGGUCGCCCAGUCAAAGUAAAUGACAGGGAAAGGAGGCAUGUUGUUAAAAUGGCCCUAAGAAAUCCAACUCAAAGUGCUCGAAAUUUAGCCAACGACUUUGCGUCAACUUCUGGCAAGUCAGUGACGCCACAAACUAUUAGAAAUGUUCUCCAUAUGAGUGGUCUUCGGGGUAGGAGGCCAAGGAAGAAACCUUUUAUUAGCGAGGUUAAUAGGAAAAAGAGACUUGAGUUUGCUCUGACCUAUCGAAGUAAGCCAAUGGAGUUUUGGAAGCAAGUUAUUUUUUCUGAUGAGAACUAUGAAGGGUUUGUGUAUGAAAUUAUGGUUUCCUGUACGAGCUUGCUGAUGAUGAUUGUAGUGAGCUGGAUAAAAUAUUCCUACCAUGUCUGCCAAAGGUAG